GUGUCAAUUUAACGAAUGGAAGGGAUUCUCUGAGUCAGGGCGGUGAACUUGUCUGACAGUAUGAGCCUUCCCUGACGCACUGCGGCCCCGGCCCAGCCUUUUCCCUAGACUCCAGGCUAAGGCCCGCCCUCGUCUCUUCCAAGCCCAGGUUCUUUCCCCCCCAUUCUAACUUCCACCCCUCUGUCCCUUGUUCCUUGUUCCUCCCUCCUCCCUCUUUCUCUUUUAUCCAACCCCUGCCCCCGGCCCUCACCUGUCCACCCCCUUUAUAGUCCGCCUCCAGCCGCCCCUUUCCGCUCCCGGCAGGAGGUGGCGGCUGACGCGUUUCCUGCCGCAGCCCUGGGCUUGGUGAGCCGUCGGAGCCGGGGCGGCCAUUUUCACCCGGACACCCCCCUUCUCCUCCUCCUCUCCACCCACUCCCCUCCCCAAAUCUUCCCUUACCCCACCCUCCCUUCUUCACCUACCUACCUACCUACUUACCUCCAACCCGGCGGCCUCUGACCUCCUUCACUCCCCUCCCCUCCCCGUGGUCUCCAUGUUAGAGGCUGAGGAGCGGCGUCCGAAACGUCCUGUCUCUCCCGUCUGGAGCCGGGAAGCUGUGCGGCGGCGCCGGCGGCGCCAACUGCUGUGGUCGCUGAAGCCGGGCCUUGUUAUUUGAGGCUGAGGGAAGCGAGUGGUGGGACUGCAGCAGCUGCUCGCUUCUUCUUCUCCUCCUCUGGGGCUGGGGUGGAAUCGGGCAGUCGAGUGUUUAACAGCUCCGCAAUCGACAGCGCUUGGAAACCACUGCAUUUGAGUAUCUCUUUGCACGUUAUCUAGAUUUUUUUUUGGGGGGGGGGGGAAGAUGUGGACGCACCGAAAGGAUAUUCGGCUUUACUAGGCGUGUGUUUGGUAAACGGCUGCUGGAUGUCACCGGGUACAGUCCGUCGGGCCGACUUCAGCUGAAGCCCAUCGCCUCUGAACAUUUCGCACUCAUGUCCUGUUGAACCGAGUCUUCUGCAAUUAUUUGGGCAACGGUGCUAAAUUGAAACCAGGAGGGGCAAAUAAUAAAAAAAACAAAAUGUCUACUCGAACGCCAUUACCUACAGUGAAUGAACGUGAAACAGAGCAUAAAAUGUUUUGAAGAUGUCUUCAUACUAGGAUUCCUAUAAAAAUCACACAUCUCAUGUGGAUGGCCGCUCAGAAGUUUCUUCUCGGCCAACCCGUUCUGGAGGCGCUCGAUGCCGGAAUUCAAUUACGUCUUGCGUUGAUGAGCAGCCACACAUAGGAAACUAUAGACUUCUGAAAACUAUUGGCAAAGGAAACUUUGCCAAAGUGAAGCUGGCUAGACAUAUCCUUACUGGAAGAGAGGUUGCAAUAAAAAUUAUUGACAAAACACAGCUGAAUCCCACCAGUCUGCAAAAGCUUUUCAGGGAAGUAAGAAUAAUGAAAUGUUUGAACCAUCCAAAUAUAGUGAAAUUAUUUGAAGUUAUUGAAACAGAGAAGACUCUCUAUUUAGUGAUAGAAUAUGCAAGUGGAGGAGAGGUGUUUGAUUAUUUGGUUGCUCAUGGGAGAAUGAAAGAAAAGGAAGCUAGAGCGAAAUUCAGACAGAUAGUAUCUGCAGUGCAGUACUGUCAUCAAAAGCAAAUUGUACACCGAGAUCUUAAGGCUGAAAAUCUACUGCUAGAUGCAGACAUGAAUAUUAAAAUCGCAGAUUUUGGCUUCAGCAAUGAGUUUACAGUUGGCAGUAAACUGGACACGUUCUGUGGAAGUCCACCAUAUGCUGCUCCAGAACUCUUCCAAGGGAAGAAAUAUGAUGGGCCUGAAGUAGAUGUUUGGAGUUUAGGUGUUAUACUUUACACAUUAGUCAGCGGUUCAUUACCAUUUGAUGGACAGAACUUGAAGGAACUAAGGGAAAGAGUGCUCAGAGGGAAAUACCGGAUUCCAUUUUACAUGUCUACAGACUGUGAAAACCUCCUUAAACGCUUUCUGGUGCUUAAUCCUUCUAAAAGAGGUACACUGGAGCAAAUCAUGAAGGAUCGGUGGAUCAAUGCAGGUCAUGAUGAUGAUGAGCUUAGACCUUUUGUAGAGCCAGAUCUCGAUAUCUCAGAUACUAAGAGAAUAGAUAUAAUGGUUGGAAUGGGUUAUACACUUGAGGAAAUUCAGGAAUCCCUUGCCAAAAUGAAAUACGAUGAAAUAACUGCAACGUAUUUGUUGCUGGGUCGCAAGUCUAAUGAGUUGGAAGUCAGUGAUUCAAGCUCCAGCAGUAACCUUUCCUUAGCUAAGAUCAGGCCAAGCAGUGACCUCAAUAAUAGUACCGGACAAUCUCCUUCCCACCAUAAGGUCCAAAGAAGUAUAUCAGCCAAUCAAAAGCAACGACGGUACAGUGAUCAUGCUGGACCCUCCAUUCCACCUGUGGUAUCCUAUCCAAAGAGAAGUCAAACUAGUACUGCAGAUAGUGACUUAAAGGAGGAAGUUCAGUCAAGGAAAUCUAGCACCACUGCUGUAGGAGGAAGAGGAAUUACUCCUCCUAGUCCGAAGUUGGGAAGUGCUAACAACCCGAACAAAGCAGAGAUUCCUGAUCGCAAGAAGAGUUCUGUUGUAAGUAGUAAUAACACCGUGUCUGGAGGAAUGACCCGAAGGAAUACGUACGUCUGCAGUGAAAGAACAAACGUAGAUAGGCAUUCAGUGUUACAGAAUGGAAAGGAAAACAGCACUGCUCCAGGUCAGAGGACACCUGUGACCUCCACCCAUAGUAUCAGCAGCACAACCACUCCUGACCGCCUGCGUUUCCCCAGAGGAACUGCCAGUCGUAGCACUUUCCAUGGUGGCCAGCUUAGAGAACGACGAAACGCAACAUAUAAUGGACCACCUGCAUCUCCAACACUGUCUCACGAUGCCACUCCUCUAUCACAAACACGAAGCCGAGGCUCUACAAACCUCUUUAGUAAAUUGACCUCAAAGCUCACGAGAAGAAACAUGUCUUUCAGGUUUUCCAAAAGGGUCCCAACUGAACCUGAGAGAAACGGGAGAUUUGAGGGCUCAAGUCGCAAUGUAUCUGGGGAUCAAAAAGACGAAAUCAAAGAAGCAAAGCCCCGUUCACUCCGGUUUACCUGGAGUAUGAAAACGACCAGCUCCAUGGAUCCUAAUGACAUGAUGAGGGAGAUCCGAAAGGUUCUUGAUGCAAACAAUUGUGAUUACGAACAACGUGAGCGUUUCUUGCUCUUCUGUGUCCAUGGCGAUGGUCAUGCAGAAAACCUUGUACAAUGGGAGAUGGAGGUCUGCAAACUGCCAAGACUUUCACUUAAUGGAGUUCGUUUUAAGCGAAUAUCAGGAACAUCCAUAGCUUUUAAAAAUAUCGCUUCCAAAAUUGCCAAUGAAUUAAGGCUGUAAAAUACGGCUAAGCUAUAGUUUCAGGCGACUUUUUUUUCUGAACACUGGUGGAAAUUUAUUGAAGAAAAUGUAUAGGAUAAUGCUUACGCAAUAACUACUGCAAUUUCAGAUCAUGGUAUUGUAAAACAGUGGAAAUUCACAAGCUGCUGAGGGAAUGGGGAAGUUGAUUGAAGAAUAGAUUUUCUUUUUAUAAAAGUGCACUACAGCAGUCAGUAUCCUAAUAACUGAACAGCUUGCCCCUUCAUCUCAGUUACUUCACGGUUGUAAUUGGCUUAGAGUCAGUUGCUUGUAAAACAAACUGAAAAUGAAUCAUCCUGUGUAAGUAUGAUCCCUGUAUGUACAAAAAAAAAAUCUGUUCCAAAAAAUCCUCCUCUUUAAAAUGCUGUUGGAUGAGAGACAUGGGCUGCACCUGUGUUUUCAAACCUGUAUAUCUUCCACUGUUAGUACUGAUUCAGGUGCUUGGCUUUUCAAAGACAAUGAAUUGUAAGAAACAAAUAAACUCAUUUUCCAUCAGUUGUGUUUAAUGGCCUUCAGACAAUGGAGGUGUGUACCUAUGAGCUAGUUGUUUCUGUAAAAUAUAUUAUAAAGCAAGAAAUUCUGCUAAUGGAAGAACCUUUCAGCUGUAUUUAGGCCUGUGAUGAUAUAAAUUACCUGUGUCAAGCCAGGGGUGCUGUGAUUUGGAAAUGAUUUAAGUACUGUAGAUCACAGAUGCUAAACCACACUUAGGAUCUCUCUAUUGUAGAAAAUACCACCAUCUAAGACUGUUCCUUAAUCAAUUAGGACAUAAAAUUAUAUGUUUAUUGUUUUGGAUUCUUUACAGUAAAGCUUAGAUUGGAAACAGUUUCGUUCGAUCGUACUUUAUUUAGCUGUAAUUAUUGUUAAUAAGAAUACAGUCUGUCCUCCACACAUACUAGCUAAGUAAAAUUGUCUUGAGUCUGUAAUUUAACAAUUGGCACUCUGGGACAAUAUUCAUUUAAGUAUGCAGUUUUUGUUUUUUUUUUCCAAACUAUCAGCACUGUCCUUUGGAAUGUAAAUAAUGUAACUUAGGUUGUGGACAGCAUCAUACUGUUAUACAGUUUUUGUUUUUUCAUUUUUUUAAUGUUCUGUAAUGAGCCAGGAGUUACAAAUCAAUGUAAGUUGUCAACAUUUCAGGUUCACAACUCUUCAUUAAAGGAAAAGAAACUAAAA